UUUAUACUUCUUUUCUUCUUUUCUUCUUUUCACCUUUUCUAAAAUUAAGCUAUAAUUGCUUCCUCUGUAAUAUCGUAGCGAAUACUACGUUCUACCUAAUUAUGAUACCGUUCGAAGAUGCCAAAGACCCUUCAGAAAAAGAUCCGUAUGUCACCACUAAACGGGUCAGAAUGACCUUGGCCUGCGAACGUUGUAGAUUAAAAAAAGUAAAAUGCGAUUUUACUCAUCCUGCAUGUGGCCGUUGUGAGCAAACUAAAGUGACAUGCUCUUAUACGGGUUCAUCAACGCAAAUUGAUCUGUACAAUUUGGUCAAACUCAAUGAUACCAUCUCUCUUUUGCAAAAUCGUAUUGAGUCCAUGGAUAACGACAUGCGCCAGAUCCGUAAGGAUACCCGAUGGAUGGCCGAAGCACUGAGACAGCAGUUGCCAAGUAAAGACCCUCCAAUGAAUGCUACGACCCAUGCGAGCGAUAGUAACAGUAGCAGCGACGACGAGAAUAACGGGUUAAAAGAACAUUCUCAUCAAAACAGCCAUACGGGAGAUGAUACUCAAACGGCAUGUUUGCUCGAUGACCCAAAGUCGACAGCCGCGGCCAGAUCCCUCCAUGCACAGGACAUGUUUCUCCCUGGCCUGAAAUCAGAUUGGGCACUUUCGCUGACGUCAACAGGUCUACGUAUUGACACCAACAUUCUGUCAUUGCAUGAUUUGUACACCAUAUUGCUGUCAGGCAUGUCCCAAUUGCAAAAGAAAAAGGAGAAAUCCAUAUCAGCGUCUGCAUCACCGUCGUCUUCCUCUACAACAGACGCUGACAGUCCCUCAAUGCCCCUCGCCGAUAAAGCCAUCGCUAUCAAACACAAUCCAUUAUAUCGAUCCAAAAAUACCACAUUUCCGCUUUACAGUGCGUGGGAAUCAUGUCAUUCUCAACUGUCGCAGUCACCGUCCAUGAAGCAAUGGCAGGCGGUGCAGAACACUGAUACUGAUCCCGCAGGCAAACCCAGUGCCAAUUCUCACGCAGUUUACCCAUUCCCAUUCCCCGACAGCCUGGAACAUCAACAAUUGCUGGAGCAUUACGCCCAGUGCUUCUUAUGUUUACCAUUGGUGGAUCAGGACCAGUUUAUGCAAAAAUGUUUGGAAAAGAUCACCUCUCCACUCUUACACUAUGCCAUCUUAUCCUGGGCCGCAAGGCAUGCAGCUAUUUAUCAUGGCAUGUUUUCAGGUCAAGAUCCAAAUACUGUAGGGGAGCCUUAUUUCCAAGCCGCAAAGAGCCUUCUGAUCGACCAGUUCAUGCACGCUAGCAUAGAUAUGGUGCAUGCGUUACUGCUUAUGUAUAUUUAUAGUAUUGGGAAAACCGGACCUGAUCGUGCCAAGGCUGAAUCCGAAGCGUACAUCCUCUUGGGUCUGGCGAUACGCAUGUGUGUCGAUCUGCGAUUACAUAAAGAAGAAACAAAUGAGGGUGCAGAAACUCCACCGUGCCCGAUACUUUGCGAAAAGAGACGAAGGCUAUUUGCAGCUGCAGAGUUUAUGGAAAUCUUGUGCUCAGCUCACUCUGAUAAACCAAUGAUGUUCCCGUCGGAUGAUACAGUGACGAUUGAGCCUCCGCGAUUGAUGGAUCACGAAGUGGGCGAGCGACGUUACCGUGUGGAAUUCACGGUUCACCGCCACAAAAUCAACCAGAUUUAUCGCAACAUCCAUGCCAGUAUUUCAGUCAAAAAUCCGUUGUUAUCAUCCAUCUCGGCUCUGGAAAAACGGCUCAAGGAUUGGUACAACGAGCUGCCGCCUUACUUCCACUUUUGCAAGGGCGACGGUCAACGACGCGACUGGAGAACAACAUCUUUUCGAGAACAAGCAUGUCUCAAACUGAAUUUCGAAUAUCAUUUCCAAAUGUGUCAGCUGUAUUCCAUCUUUUUGCCUCACCCGGACGAGAAAAAAUCGGCUAUUUCUUUACUGUCUAUGCGGCUAUGUAUAGAAGGAGCAGAUGCGAUCACAGAUUUACUGGAAUGCUGGGCACAAUUACGCCAGUCAUGGUGCCAUUUUACCCUGGAUACUUUGGUGAUGGCAUGUAUCGUCUACAGUAACCAAUUGCGGAGCCAGAAUACCGAUGUCCAGAUGACCGCCAAACAACAGAUGCAACGAAUCGCUGUUGUGUUACGUUCGUCCCCAGUGCAGCAUCACAAGUAUGUGCGAAUGCUGAUUCAUCGCAUUGAUCGUCAGAUUCAAGGUCUAUCUUCAUCCGGAACCGAGAGUUUUACAGCAGCCGAUGAGCACCAACCAGAGAUGCAGGAACCAAGGUACGAAGACGCGCCGCCGCCACCAUAUGUGCUGCCAUCGCCCCCUCAACCCAUCGAACUUUCUCCUACGCAUUCUGUGACAAUGGAAGAAUUCCCUGCCUCCCUGUUGCAACCUGGUUCCGUUCCGUCAAGCAACAUUACAGCAGAAUGGCCAUGGCUGAACCAUCCCAUUCCUCCAUCACCGAACACCGCCUUCAUCUACUCGGGAUUUGAUGGUCCUUUUGCUGACUUGUCAGUGCACGAUCUCUUCCGAUUUGCUGAUUUUAUCUAUACUCCCAUCAUGGAUGUGAACAGUAUCAUUGACGAGCCGGUUUCUUCCACAGUAUCACAUCGAACUGGGUCGACGUCGUUAGAACCUUGGCCAUGAUCUUGCGGUCCGUAAUGAUCUCCCACCGAUAAAAAGAGCCAUUCCAAUAGCGACUCG